AUGGGAUCACUUGUCAGUAAUAAUAAAAUGAAUUCAUAAAUUGAAUAAUUAGAGGAGGAUAAUUAAAUUACUGUAAAUAGACCUCAGACAUUUUAAUAUUAUCCAAAACUCUAUUAAAAAAACUAUGAUGAUCACAUUAAUGAUAAAAAAUUAGAAAGUAACGAUAUAGAUGUUAAACAUUCAUGUUUUAUAUAUUUUGAAACUAUCUAAAAUGUAGAUGAACUUGAUGAUAUAGAAGAUAGCAGAGAAACACCAUCUUGGAAUAUUCCACAAAUAUCAAAUUAUCCAGACAUUACUAAUAAUUCAAAAACAAGAAAACUUCAUAAAAAAUCUUAAACUAAGAAAAAACAAGGAAAAAAUAUAAUUUAGAGAAUAAAUAUAGAAACACAUUUUUGA